UGAGGGCGCCCUUGUGUAUUUAUGUUUUAAGGAUUCCAGCAUGUCGUCUGUGGAAAAGUAACUUGGUUGUUGAAAAGAAGUGAAGUAAAAUGUCAACGUCUAUCAACAGAGACCGUGGAAGGACACCGAAGAAUAGACGAUCGAAAGCCCAAAACCUAAGCUUCGAAGGGAAUGAAGGGUCAGAUAUUGUAGAAGAGAAGCAGGGUAUUGAAGCUGAUGAUCCCGUUCCGAUGGUGAUAGUACCGGUCAAGUCUCCAGCUGGACCAUUACAAGGCUGUGCUAGAGUCAUCAAAGACCAUUGUGCUGACUGGCACAACUAUAUCGACAAAUGGAAUAUUCUAAAUGACAAAGGGUUAGCCAUCGUCAAUAGGAUAGUGACAUCUAGGCUAGAAGUUCAAUACAGCGAAUCACCAGAGACAUGUAGUAUGAAAGACAAGGAGAGCGUUAUGAAUGUGGACUCCCAGGGUAGUAUGAGUGGCCAGGUACCUGACGGACUUGAAGGCUGGUGUAGUGAUCUUGGUGACAUCUACAAAUCAAUGGAAAAGGUUGUUCGUAAGAUGGCUGCCAUUACUAAGCAUCUCAAAGGUAUUUGUGAAAUGGAGAGAAUUGUCUCGGACAUGGAAAGACCAGAACCCAUGUUUCAGACAUGGCCAGCUCAAUUAUUCUGGGAGGCAUCUUGUCAACUUGAAUCAAUGUACACCAAGGAGCUAGCCGUCAAGAAAGCCAUCAUUGAAGAUGUUGCCCACGCUAAGGUCCGCAAUGUUCUAAUGACUUACACUUCAACCUGGGUCCAUCAACCUUACAUUGACCAUGGAGCGAGUACAACUGUUGAAAGCUUGCUGAAAGAAACAGGACACAGGUGACACUAGCUGUCUGUAGGACUCUUCCUCUGUUCUGUUCAUUGUUAAAAAUUCAUGAUAUGAGGUUCCAUUUCUGGGGGAAAGAUUUUCAGUCCCAGAGCUCAACUGUUCAAAUCUUACCUGUAAAAAGCUACUUGUCUCAUCUGAAAGUGUCGUGGCCGAGGUGUUAAGAGCACCGAAUUCAAAUGCUGAUGUUUCUGUUCAGCAGAGUGUGGGUUUGAAUCCCAAUUGUGAUACUUGUGUGCCUUAGCAAGCUAUUAACCAUUGCUUCGUUCUUCGGAUGGGACGUAAAAGCACGUAAAAGAACCCAGUGCACUUAUCGAAAAGAAUAGGGGUUUGCCCCGGUGUUCCUGGGUUGAUUGGAAGCAUGUUGCGCCACAGAACCUUGUAAACCAUUACAUGCUGCUUUAAAGGAAAAGUUCACAUACUUCAAAAUGUACCUCCACAUACCUUGCAGGAAAAAAGAGCGCUUUGAUACGCCCCUAGGUAUGUGAUAAAGCGCUGUAUAAGAACUUAGUAUUAUCAUUAACAUUUCAAGGCCACAUAAUUAUGUUGGUUGGCGAUUAUAGCACUCUGACCUUGUGGUAAUACUCGCGUUCAAACAAUGGCUUCAAAAUAAUACAAAAUUGAAUUUGUCUUAAAGGAAUAAACACCUGGUGAAAUAUUUCGAUUGAGACUUUGAAAUAAUGUAUUUUUAGUACAGUCAAAUAAGAUGUUUUGAAGUAACUUGGAAGUACAUUUUUUAAUGUUGUAAUAUACCUUUAAGGCGUGCGUUGGAGAGCGAUUGCACCCAGUCUCCUUAAAAAUGAAAGUAUGUUUGAACUUUGUAGGAUUGACUCAAACAAGGGGCCCGAUUUCAAGAUUAUAAUGCUUUCAAAUGUUCUGCUGAGCAAAAUAAGCGGUAUACCACUCACAGAUUGUGACCUAUGACCUUGUAUUUGUGCUCGUAACCUUUUUCUGGUUUAGCAUUAUUUUGUUGUGCUUAGCUACAUGUUCUGCUUAAGCAGCUCGAUGAAGGUGGGCCCAGGUUUGACUCCUCCAUUGCCUACAACAUUGCAGUGGAUUGGAGACUAACGUCCUAUCAGGGAUAGGUUGACUCAACCUUCUAUUGGAGUUUUCAAUAAAUAAAUGAGGUUAAAUAUGCAACUUCUGAGUUCAAUUCAUGUAUAGGUUUAUUAUCGACUCAAAAACUACAUGACACUGACAGUAGUUUGGACGACUGAAAUUGAUGUGGUUACACUUUUAAAAAAGUGACACAAAUCAUUUUUUAUUGCUCUAUUUAACACUAUUACUUAAUUCCACUGAUCUAAUAUAUUAUAAUUAAUCAUUGCCUGCAUUAUAUUUAACUAAUGCAUUUAUUUAUUCAGUAAUAAUACAAUUUAUAAAUGUCCAUUGUAUACAGCAAGCCUUGCCAUUUUCUUUCGCAUUUUUUUCUGGCACUCUUGGCUCGUGCAUUUAAAGCAAUUGCAAAUUCUCCCCCGACUAAAAGAGAAGUACUAGUUCCCAGUUUCAUGCUUUGGUUCGUUAUGUUGACAUUUGCAAGGAUUUCAUUCCGUUAUGUUUGUGUAGUUCCAUGAAAAGUAUCACCAGGAACUCAAUAAAAGGUUUCUGUAUGUCACAGGCUUGGUACUUCACACAGGCUGUGAGGCAUCUGGUAUCAGGUCCCUUUCUUUGGCAUGCCUUGCUUCCCAUUGAACUGUUUACAGUUCGAGAUAACAAUGUUCUUGUAGUAGACUGGUGCCUUUUCCCAAAGAGAAAAUGUCUGUAUGCCCUUCUUGUUCAAGCAUAAGGGAAGAUAAUAUUUGUUUGAGUUUCCUGGCGAGGGGUUUCUACAGACAACAUGCUUAGAAUUUACAUACUCUCCAGUCCAGGUUAAAAUAUCUCAUAUAUUAAAGGCGUCAUUUUUUUUUACCAAGUAGGUAUAAGAAAAUAUAAGCUUUAAAACAAAAGCAGUGAAAAAGCAAUGGUUGAUGUUCAGAUUGUUAUCAAGUCUCACGUUAUUUUUGAAUGAUAAAGGACCGCAAAGUCUUGUCUCUGAUCACUAUUUGUUAAAUUAUGUUCUAAAUCUACUAAAACCGAAACCGAAACCGAAGUGGAAAAGUGGGAGUAGUGGCAGUGACGUCACCAUGACUAUCCGGUCUUGUUGUCCUUUUCGUGCGUGGCUUUGAUAUCAGUCUUCAGUAAGCUAGAAGAAGAAAACAAAAACGUAAAUGGUUUUUAUUUUGUUUUCAUUGUCUUACCGUGACCAGUGGUUUUAAAAAGGUAAACGGGUUGUUUGGAAUGAAAGAAGUGUGUAUUUUUAGUUGUGCUUUGAAUAAUUUGUUCCAUUCAGUCAACAAGUUUACCAGUGACAUAACAUUGUCAUGUGGUCCAUUGGCUUGAAUGCAGGACUUGCAAUCACUAGGUCGUAGGUUCAAUCUUCUGAUCAAUCUUUGUUUAAAUUAUAAACACACAUAAAUAUAUAAUGUAGGUUUGUGAAA